AUCGUUUCGCGUUGCAACGCUUCAUAAUUUUUAGGUUUUAAAAUCGUCAAAAGAUGCAUAUAAUGGCUAUAUUAGAGCAUGGUUAAUGUUCAGUAUUACUGUUUCCUCACAAAUAUCAUAACUAAAACGAAAACUUACGAAUCUGAAACAACUUUUUUCAAUUUUGUCAAUUUACCAAAGCGUGAAAAGAUCCCUUUAACGGUCAAAAUUGAGUACGAUGCGUGACUUUGUUGUGAUGCCGAUAGUAAUCUCCCCUGAACAUGUGGCUGCCACUCUGUAAUAAAGAACAACAAUAACGAACUAAACCUUGAAAUACCAUUACGGGUCUGUACAACAAAAGCAACAACUAUUUUCAACAGCCCAAGUUAAAGUAUAUGAUGGAGGGCUUAGGUGCUGUCCAGCAGAAGAUAUCUUGUGUUUUUGAGACUGCAGUGAUAGACGAAGUCUCAAAGAAAAGAGAUAAUCAGUCUUACAGGGUCCAAGCAACAAGCAAAAUAAAGCAAAAGGCUAUUGACAACGAAGUGAACUCUGCUCAGGCCACAGAGAAACUGGAUGGAACCUGUGUGUAUUUCAAGGAAUUUGAUGGUCAGCCAUGGUUAUGGGCCCGAUUUGACAAGAAACCAAACAAGUCAGCAGAGAGAAGAUUUAAAAAGUUUCAAACAUUAAAACAAAAGAAUUCUACAGAUCAGACAUUUGCAUGGGACCUGGACAAGGAUUUCAAGGAGACUCCUGAGCACUGGAUCCCUGCCUCUGGAGUUGAGCAAGAAGAUGGUCGCCCAGUCCCUGAUGAUAUUGGGCACACACCAGGCUGGGUACCAGUGUAUCCAGCCUCCAGGCAGCACUGCUGGCACCUCUCCGCUGUAGACUUGAAGGCAGGACUAGCUGUUGUGUUGAGGGAGGAGAAUGAGUUCACAUUGUGUAUUGAGUGUGUACAUCUAUCCAGCCUGUUGGGGCGCACUGCUGAACUCAUUGGAACCAAUAUCAAUGGAAAUCCUUAUGGUAUUGGCAAUAAAAAGUUUCCGGUCCAUCUCUUGGUGGUUCAUGGAACCAUACAAGUCCUUGACCCGCCCCAGUUGACCAAUGAGGCAGUGAAAUCCUGGUUUGAGACAGCUGGUCAGGUGGAGGGCAUUGUCUGGCACUGUGCCAACGGUGCUCUGUUUAAAGUUCACAGAAAUCAUGUAGGCCUGGACUGGCCUGUUCCAAAACCUGUUUUAUCAACGAGACCAAUUAGAAUUGCCAUAGAAACCAAUGACCUUAAGUCUGACACCUGUCUCCUAGAAACCCUCGCCAAACUGGAUGGCCAGACAUUUGCGUCUCUGCUAGACCUGGAGCGUGUGUUUCCUAGUGUUUUAACUGAGUUGGACCAUUUUGGCAUGAAACACUGUGAAUUGACCUCAGAAUGAUGUUGGAUAGCAGUAGUAUUUGUUUUCCCCUAAAUCCAUAUUUGUUAGUUAUUUCGAUGUUGUAGAUGGGCUUUGUAUAAGUGUUCAUCAUUCUGUGGUAACUUGUUAGAAACAAGUCAGUGUUGUGUUCUAGUCACUAACAUGCAAGAGAAUACCAACUCUCACAAUGUUUAUUUUCAUACUUGUAGUAAUUACUCUUUUUUUGCUAUUUGAAUUCCUGUUCCUUGAUAUAUUUUUAGCUCGACUAUUAUGUAUGAAAUAUAUAUAGUGGAGCUAUCCUACUCACCCCCGCGUCGGCGUGACCGUCUGCAUUACCGUUAGCGUCUGCGUUAGCGUGCAAAUGUUAAAGUUUUCAUACUACCCCAAUUAUUUUCAUUGUCCCUUGACAUAUUGCUUUCAUAUUUUGCAUACUUGUUUACCAACAUCACCCCAACCUAUAAAUAAACAAGAGCAGACAACUCUAUAAAGCAUUUUGUCAUAAUUAUUGCCCCUUUUAUACUUAGAAUAUGCAUAUUAUUUAUAAAUUUAUGUUAAAGUUUGCCUACUACCCCAAAUAUUUCCUAUAUCCUUUGACAUAUUACUUUUAUAUGUUGCAAACUUGUUUACCAACAUGACCCCAACCUAUAAACAAGAGCAGACCACUGUAUCAAGCAUUUUGACAUAAUUAUGGCCCCUUUUACACUUAGAUAAUUGAACAUUUUGCUUAAAUUGCCAAAACUUCUUUAUUUAUGAUCACAUUUUAUUAUUACUUUGACAAAACAACACUUACCUGAAUACCACAAUGGAUUCCACCCAAACAAUACCCCACGCCCCUACCCAGAAUCCCUCCCC